UAAGGACACAAACGGAUUAAGAACGGCAAACGUUUGUUAGGUAACUAAAUAUAUAAUCAAAGGAAUAGCGUUUUUUUUUAGAAUUACUAGCCUAAGUCUACAAUUCUUAGUUUUAUGUCAACAGGACUGCAUUGAUUUAAGAUCGGUCUAUCAGUUUCUUAAAAAAUGUUAAAACACAACCAUUUCACCAUUCCAUUCCACAACCAUUUCACCAUUCAUUCGAUAUGUGUGGUAUCAAGAUACGCUAACAGAAUCUGUUAUUUACAUUUGCACAAGUGUGAUUGCUGGGUAAUAAUUCUCCACAAAGCCAAGUGGUUUGUGUUCUAAUAGAAUUUAGAAAACAGAGACUUGUUCUACAACUCACCUUAGAACACCGUAUAAAAACAUGAACUUGAACUUGAACGAUCAGGCGAAGGAUAUCGUGAAAAGCACACACUUGUACAAUGCCAUGUAGCAGUGCUGGUUGUUGAGCACUGGAGGCGCCCGCUGUGUUCAGUUGAGUUUCGCAACCCAUCGUUUUAAGUUCUGUCCCAAGUGUUGCUCAGCAUCGUGUAACUUUGUAUUUCAUAGUGAAUAAGUGUAACUAUAGUUUUAAAAUUCUGUUACAAAUAAACUCCCAAAAUGGAUCCCUCAGACAGUGCGCCUAAUGUUAAUGAUUCUGGCAAACGGAAAGCUUUACACGUUUCGGAAUUUUAUCACGAUACCGUUGUGUUGGUUACCGGCAGCACAGGAUUUCUCGGCAAAGUGUUGGUGGAAAAGCUGUUGCGUAGUUUUGAUGUAAAGAAAAUUUAUCUACUUAUACGUGAGAAGCGCGGCUCAAGCUCAACGCAACGGUUGCAGCAAAUGAUAAGCGAUCCGAUUUUCGAUACAAUCCGAGCUUCUGUAAUACAUCCUAAUAAAGUUUUUGAUAAGCUGGUGGCAAUCGAGACCGACUUCUCUUCUCCGGAUUUUGUGAAGGAACCUUACAAGUCUGACCUAUUGAAUGAAACUCAGGUUGCGUUCCACGUUAUGGCUGCAGUUAGAUUUGACCUGGGAAUUCAAAACAUCAUGGAUACUAACGUCACGAGCACCGAAAGAUUGUAUAACUUUCUACGGAACGCGUCACGUUUGCAAGCGAUCGUUCAUGUCUCCACAUUCUACUCCAACUGCGAUCGAUCACACAUUGAAGAGUGCGUGUAUGACGACAUUCGGUUCGGUGGCUGGGAUAACAUUCGGCGAAUCAUAGAACCACUGACGGAGUCGGAAAAAAGCACACUGAUGCCAGCAUUGAUAGCACCGUUGCCUAAUAAUUAUGCGUUUAGCAAGAAGUGCGCCGAGAUAAUGAUACAGCAGCAGUUUUCCGAACUACCGAUCGGGAUCUUCCGUCCACCGAUUGUGACGCCCAGCUAUAAGGAACCCAUCCCCGGUUGGGUCGACUGUAUACAGGGCGUUACUGGACUAUGUAUCCCAAUACUGAAGCAACGGUUGCUGUGGUACUAUGGAGAGCCUACCGUAUGUCCAUCCCUAACGCCGGUGGAUUAUUGUAUCGCCGGUAUGAUUACUGCUGCCUGCGAUAUUAAGCAGCGACAUGAGGAAAAUCGUGUGCUGCAGUCAUUCGAUCGGCACGUUUCUACACCUCCGGUGUACAACUUUUGCUUCGACAAAAACCUUAUCUCAUGGCAACAGUUCAUACGCCUCGUUGGAUCUGGCUUGCCAACUGCAAGCGGACGUAAGCUUAGCACCCUUCGGAAUCGCGUAACACAUUGGAGAAUUCUAUCGAGGAUCACAUUCUGGUGGAUGUAUUUCGUGGCGUACAUUGGUGAUAUGAUUCUGUCACUUUUAAGAAAGCCGGGAAGCAAUGUUAGACUCGUUUCUGGUCUUGAUACACUGGCCCACAUCGUAGAACCCUUCUGCUGCAAUUCCUGGACAGCGCGCAACGAUAACGUAAAGCAGAUGAGAUCGUUACUUGCCGCAGGAGACGAAGCACUGCUAGAGUUUGACGUUGAUCGAAUAGAUUGGGCCGAAUACUACAAACAAUUCACAAAGGGAUUAAAUUUGGAGCUGGAAAGACGGGAGCUAAGAAGGCGACAGAAAAAGAAAUUAGAAAGUAGCUUAACCGUGUGAACUACGUCAAUGCAACGUUUUGCAGCAUUCGUCUUGCGUUCAUUAUGCCUAAAAGUAUGCAAUUGGUGCUUUUCUUAAUCACAUUUCUUUAUCAAAAGCCGUCGUUUAGUGACUCAAGUAGGAAUGUCAUAAUUUGCAUACUUUUAGGCGUGAACACUAUUUAUUUAUUUUUUGUAUAACAACUCCACCGUAUAACACUCACCCAAUGUAAUCUAACAUAAUAAAAAAAAACAUGUUAAUUUGUUUUUAUUUAAAUUCAA